CACCAUGCCCGCCCUCGCCCGCGCCCUACUGAACGCGCGCGUCGCGCCCGCGCCCGCGCGAUCGCACGCUCGAACGCACCGCCGCGCGACGAUCCGCGCGGCGUCGCGCGACCGCGUCUUUGACGCCCAGGACUUGGCGCUGAGCGACCUCACCGCGCUGUCCCCGCUCGACGGACGCUACGCGAGCAAGACCGCGGCGCUGCGAGGCGCGUUCAGCGAAUUCGCGCUCAUCCGCGCGCGCGUCUACGUCGAAGUGCGAUGGUUGCAAACGCUCGCGGCGAUUCCAGAGGUGGUGGAGGUGCCGCCGCUGAGCGCGGAGGCGAACGCGUUCCUGGAAAACUAUCUGACGAAUUUCGACGUCGUCGAAGCGGCCAAGGUGAAGACGGUCGAACGGACGACGAAUCACGACGUCAAAGCAGUGGAGUACGUGUUGAAGGACGCGCUGAUGACGCAGCCGGAGCUGGCAAAGAUUAUGGAAUUCACGCACUUUGCGUGCACGAGCGAGGAUAUUAAUAAUUUGAGUCACGCGUUGAUGUUGAGAGAUGGCGUGGCGACGUUGAAGCCCGAGAUGACGAAGAUGAUCGAUGCGAUCGCGGCUAUGGGGGUUGAUUACGCCGCGACGCCGAUGAUGAGUCGCACGCACGGUCAACCGGCAUCGCCGACGACGUUGGGUAAGGAGAUGGCCAACGUGGCGUACCGCUUGGCGCGUCAAGUGAAGCAGCUCGAUUCAAUUCCGUUGUACGGUAAAAUGGCCGGUGCCGUGGGUAACUACAACGCGCACAUGUCGGCAUAUCCAAACGUGAACUGGCAGGCGGUGGCGGAAAAGUUCGUGACCGGACUUGGGCUUGAUUUCAAUCCAUACGUGACGCAAAUCGAGCCGCACGAUUACAUGGCUGAGCUCUUCGCGUGCGUGGAGCGAUUCAACACCAUCACGCUCGACUUCGACCGCGAUAUUUGGUCAUACAUCUCAAUCGGCUAUUUUAAGCAAAAGACCAUCGCGGGUGAGGUCGGUUCUUCGACGAUGCCGCAUAAGGUGAACCCGAUCGACUUUGAAAACUCUGAGGGCAACGUCGGCUUGGCAAACGCCGUUUUCGCGCAUCUCGCCGCCAAACUUCCCGUUUCUCGGUGGCAGCGCGACUUGACCGACUCAACCGUUUUGCGAAACAUGGGUGUCGGCUUCGGAUAUUCCAUUCUCGCCUACCAAUCCACCCUUCGCGGUAUCAGUAAGCUCGAAGUCAACGCGCAAGCCAUGGCGGACGAUUUGGAUGUCAACUGGGAGGUGCUCGCUGAACCAAUUCAAACUGUCAUGCGCCGAUACGCGGUCGAAAAGCCGUACGAAAAGCUCAAGGAACUAACUCGUGGCCGCCGCGUCGACGCCGAAGGCAUGCGCGAGUUUGUGUCCAACCUCGAUAUUCCGGACGAGGGCAAGAAGAGCUUGCUUGCGCUCACUCCGAGCACUUACAUUGGCAACGCGACGGCUCAAGCGAAGGAUAUCUUGAACAAGUUGGCUGAAAUCAAGUAG